ACAUCCUCAAGGACUAUACAAAAGAAUGAAUCCAAUAAUGUCGUUGGCUACACUUGCAUGAUACUAAAACAAGAUAUUGGAUGAACUUUCAAAGGUUGACUUGACGACACAAAAUCAUAUGAGUCAUCAUCCAGACAUCAUUGUUCCUCUGGUAAUCCAGUGCGCUCGAGGUGGAAGAGUGAGUUAAUAUGGCUGGCCACAAUUUAUCUGUCAAUGUUGUGAGCUCGCCUUGUGCUGCCGACACGACGCGCAUAACAACCCAUUUAGUUCCCAUCAUUUUAGAGCUUCUUGUCCCCUCCCCUCCAGACACAGACAACAACAUACACCUUAAUAGGGGCGCGUCUCCGACACAGCCGCCGACCAAUAACCCGUCUGUCUGGGCAGAGACCAAGGGGAUGAGUACUUGUCGAGGCCCAAUCAGCGCUUUUGUGUUGCCUGCCGGUGCCGGGGACUGGUCGUGAGGAGCUACUGUAGCGCUUCAGGAUCGGAUAGUGAACCCGGAGCCAGUGGAACCUGAAGGGUAAAGGAGAAUAAGGGCGGGCACACACCUGGCAGCAGUGACAACCACAGUAGCCAUUUUGAGAACGUGCACGAGCAUCGGAUGCAGAGACGGGGCAGGAUGGAGCGUAUGAGUGAGGAGGCCCUGCGGCUGAACCUGCUGAAGCGGGGGCUGGAGAUGGGCGGGGGAGGCGGCGGCGGUGGCCACCACCAGUCGCACCACCACCACCAGUCGCAGCACCACCACCACCAGCAGCAGCAGCACCACGACGACCGCGACCACCACACCCGCGACCGGGGGGAGCGCGGCGGGGACCGGGGGGACCGCGACCGGGGCGCCGAGGAGGCGCUGGCCAAACGCCUGAAGAUGGAGGGCCACGAGGCCAUGGAGCGCCUCAAGAUGCUGGCCCUGCUCAAGCGCAAGGACCUGGCCGCCCUGGAGGGGGCGCUGGCCGUGGGGGCGGCGGCGGCAGCAGCGGCCGCCGGAGGGGCCGGCAUGGGGGGCAUGGGAGACGGCAAAGGCCCCGGAGGGAGCCACCAAGCGCUGCUCGGUGCAGCGGCAGCGGCGGCGGCCUACGAGGAGAAGCUGAACGGCAGCUUGCGUGGAGAUCGCGGCGGGGGUGGGGGUGGUGGAGGUGGCGGAGGGUUGGGUGGAGGGGGUGGCAUGGGCAUGGGGGUGGGCUUGGGACACAUGGCAGGCAUGGGACACAUGGGACAAAUGGCCGGAGUGCACAUGGGGCACGUGGGACACAUCGGGCUGCAUCACCACGCAGCCGCAGCGGCGGCGGCGGCGGCAGCAGCAGCUGCAGCCAUGGGGAAGAACGGCAAGGAGAACAUGCUGGAUGAAGGACCCGUCGACAUGAGCGCUCGGAGGAGUGAGCAUAGGGAGCACAAGCGUCGCACCCCGUCCCCGGACGUCAUUGUGCUGUCGGACAACGAGGCGUCCAGCCCCCGAGGGACCCCGCAGCCCGAGGACAGGCACAAGCACGCCAACCUGGAGAUGUUCAAGGGUAAGACGGGUGAGGAGCGUCAGCAGAUGAUCAAGGCGCUGCGCGAGGAGCUGAGGCUGGAGGAGGCGCGCCUGGUGCUGCUCAAGAAGCUCCGCCAGAGCCAGAUGCAGAAGGAGAACGUCGUCCAGAAGGUGCCGGUGGUCCAGAAUGCCCCCUCCUCAGUGCAGCCCUCCUCCAUGCACAGCAGCUCGCAGGGCGUGGGCAACAAGAUGCCCGCCAGGCCCGGCCUGCACGCCACCGAGCCACAGAACCUACGCACCCCACAGGGCCACACAGUAAUCCGGUCGGCCACCAACACCAACAUGCCCCAGAUGAUGAUGUCACAGCGGGUGAUCGCGCCCAACCCCGCCCAGUUGCAGGGCCAGCGUGUGCCCAACAAGCACGGGCAGGUUAUGGGCCGCGCCAACACAGCCGGCAUGGGCAACGCCGUCAACUACCAGCAGGCUGCGAGUCAACAGGUGGGCGCGUCCCAGCGCUCCUCCUCCUCCUCAGCCAUCUACAUGAACCUGGCCCACAUGCAGGCGGCCGGGGCGGCGGGCAUGGGCCCUGGAGGCGUGGGCGUAGGGGCCGGCGGGCACAGUGGCGGGCACAGCGGUGGGCACGGAGCCGGUGGCGGCGGAGGAACCGGAGGUCACAUGGGCGGAGGCCACAACGCAGGUCACAAUGCAGGAGUUCACGGCGGUGGCUCCGGGGGUCACGUGAGUUCGGUCAGCCCCUCCGGCAACAUGCAGCAGAGCCACGCGGCAGCAGCGGCGGCGGCGGCGGCAGCCAACGCGGCCUCGGUGGCGUCCAUGCAACAAGAGCAGGCCAGCAGCCAGGCGGCCGCCAAGCUGGCGCUCCGCAAGCAGCUGGAGAAGACGCUGCUGGAAAUCCCGCCUCCCAAGCCGCCCGCGCCACUGCUCCACUUCCUGCCCUCCGCGGCCAGCAGCGAGUUCAUCUACAUGGUGGGCCUGGAGGAGGUGGUGCAGAGCGUCAUCGACAGCCAGCACCAGGUGGGCAGCAUAGUGAAAGAGCAUUUCACGCAAAUGGAUGAACCACAGAAGCUGACAUACGGUAAGCUGCGUGGCGGCCUGGGACAGACCGACCCGUUCCUGUGUGCCCAGUGCAAGACCGACUUCACCCCCCACUGGAAGCAGGAGAAGGGCGGGCGCAUCCUGUGUGAGCAGUGCAUGACGUCCAAUCAGAAGAAGGCCCUGAAGGCCGAGCACACCAAUAGGCUGAAGAACGCGUUCGUCAAGGCCCUGCAGCAGGAGCAGGAGAUUGAGCAGAGGCUGCAGAAGGAGGCUUCGCUGACUCCCAGGAACCCCCAGCCUGUCACCAACGUCAGCAAGGCCGACAACACCAUGAUCAGCAGGCACCAUGCCCUCCGACAGCCCUUCGCCUUUCUACCCCUACAAACGGCGAUUUUCCAGAGGCAGACUUCAAACAGAGGGGCUCCUCAGCCCCAGGCGGCGGCGUUGCAGCAGGGUCUGUCCAGCUCGGCGCGGGGCGUGCUCUCCAACUUCGCCCAGGCCUCACAGCUGCAGGUGGCCAGCAACCUGCUGGGGAUGGCAGGCAAGCACUGCGGAGGUGGAGGAGGAGGGGGUGGAGGUGGUGGUGGAGGAGGAGGAGGAGGAGGAGGUGGUGGAGGAGGAGGCAGCAGCCUUGGACAGCACGACAGCCACAGGCAGCAGCAGCUCUACAACAUCCCUGGAUUGAACAUUGCCUAUCUGAACCCUGGUGCAGUGGGGGGCCACAAGGGCUCCAGCUUAGCCGAUCGGCAGCGCGAGUAUUUGCUGGACAUGAUCCCGCCGCGCUCCAUAUCCCAGUCCAUCACCGGCCAGAAAUGAGAGACCCCCUACGACCGUCCUAAACCCUACCCCCACCCCCUCGAGGAAACCCCCCGUUCCGCCAUACCCUCCCUAACACCGCCCCGCCACCCUUAAGAGACCCCAACCCUACCCUACUAAACCUCCUAAACGCACCCACCCCCUUCAAAAAGGCUCUUUUCUGAGUGCUCAAAUAUGUCUCUACAACCACCCACUCACCCACACAUACAUACAUGCACUCACUCACUCACACACAGAAAAAAACAUAAACUUGUACUCCCACCCCCACACACAACUACCUAACCCCUAACCUACCUGCCCCUGAUACCCCUACCCACAACCCCCCACUCCCACCUACCCAUCGCAUGCAGUGCCUGUCCGUGUGCCUACACAGCUAACCCAUGAGAAACGAACACAAUCAGCAAAGCCUGUCAGUAGACACCAAACUGUUCAGUGCAUCUCAACUCUUUAAACUCUCUUUAAAAACUAUAGCAAAAUCUCUAUAUCGUUAUAAUUGCAACUAUUAUUGCUGUCGUUUAUUGCAACUACCUUUAUUACCACGACUUAUUAUUAUUGUUAUUAUUGUUGUUUAUUAUUACUGUUGCUUCUGUUACACUUAUUCUUAUUACAUCUCUCCUUAGGUAUCCAUUUUACUUCAACUUUAUUUUACGUUUUUAUUUAUUUUCGAAACAAAUGUUCAUUAGAGGGAGGGUACUGGAACGCAGGGUCAUACAAGUAAUAAUUGUUUUCACUGUUUUUCUCUUUUCCUUCAUUUGACCUUAAGAAUCUACCAAGCGUCUUUUGUUCAUACUCAACCCAGAUAAAAGUACUUGCCGGUACUUGCUUCGAUCAGACUUAAGCCACACCCUCUGUGCUUAUAUUACCUAUGCUAACCGGGAGCUAGCUCGGCUGAAUUUGCUCCGACUAGGUAAGACAGUGGCAGACAUUCAUCUUGCAGCUAAAACCAACCUUUAUUAAAAAAAUAAAACAAAUAAAAACUAACUAAUAAACAAACAAAAAAGUUCAAGAGUAUGCAUUAUAAAGAGCCGUUGUAAUGAUGCAACCUUGCUGGUCCUGCCCCGAAAGUGACAGGCCACAAGCUUCACCAAGGGCCCUUUUUAUAGUAAAAUAAAAAGUUAAAAACACAUUUUUUAAUAUGAACCUUAUGGAGGGUUGCAUAGCACUACAUGCACACAGCGAGGUUGUUUGGUAAAGAAAGCAACUGACACCAUCAUUGGUGUCACAUAGACAAUGCAUCGUAAAAACACGGAAAAGACAAAAAAAAAUAACACCAGGCAUCCCAUACCUGUUUUGAACACCGAUAUCAAGGUUUCUGUCUGACUGGACCCUUAAACUCUUUCUACUCGCUCAUUUUUAAUAGUGUAUAGACUCAAUCGCUGUGCUUUUUUUCUUUGGCAAAAAUCAUGAGAGAGCUGAAGUGGGGAGUUCAGAUAGGGGCAAGAGAGAACUGGAGGGACAAUGCCAUUGUCACCUGUCCACACCAUGAAGUGUGUUCCCAAGAUACCAUUUGGCCUUUUUACUUUGGCUAGUAGUUCUAAGUGUGUCUCUUUUUUUCUGUUCAUUUUAUCUUUUUAUUUGUCGUGUUAACGGCGUCUCCUUUUGAAAAAGAGGCUUUGUAUCUGAAAGGUACCCGCCCCUGGGAGACGAUAAAACCACCAAGCUGAGCUAGAGAGAAAAGAAAACUAUUUCAAGAUCUAAAUAAGACUAUGUAUAGAUUGUUAGCCUGAGAGAUGGAUUUUUAUGAGAGAGGAGAUGGAUAUAUCUAUUGUUAACGGUGACGCUGAGCAAUCAUCGUGUGAGGGCAAUUUACAACGGGCGUUGUCUCGUUUCUCGAGGUAGCACUUUUUCUUGUUGAUUUGGAAAUGGGAAGAAUAGUUGUGACAAAAAAAGAAGCGGAAGUUAGGAAUGUUGGGGUGUAUUACAACCCAUGUAAAAGAAAAAAAAACAUGGAUGAGACUGGGUUGUUGGCCAGGACAUCACAAAGAAAGAAUGAAAGACUGUCGAGUGUUGUGCACUGAAUUCUAACAAAUUAGGUUAUUUUACGUUUUCAGUUUACGGUUUUGUCCCAGCAGAUUUUAGGCACAAGCAUAGAUUGGUUUUGCUCGCAAAGAAAGGUUUUGUGCCGAGUAUUAAGAGUUAAACAAGAGAUUGCUGAGCCGUCUGUUGCUAACACAAACAUACCUCUUCUGUCGUUCAAUGCAUUUCCAAUUAAUGAACCCUCGUUGGCCAGUCUCUGAUCAUGGCAGGGUUCCCUCCUCACAUUAAAGCAGUUAAAGCAGUGUUUAGUCACAAUGCAGUAUUACAACAGGGGACAAACCGCAAACAAACUGCUACAACAGCAAAAUACUCAAAACUGGGUUCAUUUUGUUGGGUAGACCAACCAUAACCCAAUGUUUCCCCGACAAAAGAGCAUCUUACUGCCAGAUUUCCAGGUAACUCCAGCCAUGUUGGAUGUGGACCAUUCAUUCAGCUGUGAGUUGUGGAGAUGCAGUUCUCGGUCGUCGUGGCAUGGCUCUUUUUAGAGGAGGAUUCUGGUGCUUAAUCGUUUCUUCACACACCUCUUUAUCCCUCAGUUCAUUGUGAAUGACAGUUUUGGUUUUGGAUUUUUAAUCCCAGUUGUUGUUGGUCUUAAAGGUCAGCUAAGCUAUUGAAUGAUUGACUGGUGGGAGAAAAAAGAAUGAUGGGAGAGCAAUGUUGUUGUAAUGUUCUGUCAGCCGCCAAAGCUAUGAAAGACUCUGGGGAGGGGGGGGGGGGGGUGUGAAGCCAAUGGUGUUACAACGAUCUGUCAGCCUCCUUCAUGUCCAGGUGGUUUGGAGAGCAACCAAGCAGUGAAGAGUUGGAGAGAGUGAACUGGACAGAUGGAUGAUGGCGCUAUUUUAAAGGAUGCUUGAUGUUAUAAACUACCAAUUGAUUUUAGAUGAUAUCCUCAAGAGUAGCACACGGUGUUUCCCGUCACCCAUAUGAUGACAAUUUGAAUCGCUGCUAGGUUCAUUUUUGGUGAUGGAUACAUAUGAUUGGAUAUUGGUUUUCUGUUAGCGGAACUGAUGGCUAUUCGUAGCACGAGACGGAGUAAGAUGCAAGACCCAAACCCAGUUAUUUCAGAACUACCUUGAACUUGAUUGGCAGGUGCAAUAUCAGCUGUUUACACUCAGAAGAGAUCGAUUUAGCGGAGGUGUUCAUUUCGUCUUUAGUACUGAUUUGUCAGGUGAGUCCCAUCUGGGCAGUGGAGACAAAGUUAAGUCAUGUUCUAGGUUACGUUUUUCACUUUCAGUGUAGAUCCUUCUCCCCUCAUCUGUUGUAAGCGCUUAACCUUGUAUCACUUUUUGUAAUGUUCGCAGUGUUUGGAAAGCACUGCAAAACUUGUAUAUUGAAAGUCCCUUUCUUCUCUCUUGCGCUCUCUUACAAUAUAAAUACAUCCAUAUACUUUUUUUGUUGACACCAACCAGAAAAAAAAAACUUUUGAAAAUGUAAUUUUCUAGUAUUUUGAAAUGUUACAUUUCCUUUUUUGCUGGGUCUUCAGUUAAGUUCUUGUUUCUGUUUGAUCAUUUCAUUUAUUAAUUUUUCAAAUGAAAUUUAAUCAAACAAAAAAAAUGUAAUUGAAUUGAAUUGUAAAUGAAUUUCAAAAUAAAACGACACGAUAUUUGCUAGGCAAGAAGUAAUAAUGACUUAUUGUACAUAAGCUUUUUUUCCUCUCCCUUGAAUUAAAAAAAAAUGAUCUGAAAUUGAAAAAAUGGUUGUAUAUUGUGUAGAAAAGCAAACAAAAAAGCCAUGAAUAUUGUGAAGCUUGUCAUUUCGUUUUGUGAUCACUGUGUGUUUAUUGUGUAACAAAAAUGUGCAAAACGUACAGGAUUAUUACAAUUCUCCUGGUUUUGGAUAAUUUUGCUUUUUUUUUUACGAAUGAGCUCUUUAGGUGCUUUGGUUUUUUUUUCGCCCUGGCUGUAUGUUUUUGUAGUAUGUAGAGUUUGCAGUUUAAAAAAUGACAUCAUUGAUGACAUAAUUGAGAUUGAUGACAUCAUGAUGAUGACAUCUUUGCUCAGCCACUGAGUUUGAUCCAAGCCAAAGUCCUAGGUGGCCUGAAAGGCCUACAUGGACGUUCCUCAGCGUGUUCUGUGUCUGUGUGUACUCUUCUUCUCCUCGUUGUCAGUAACAACGGGGGCGUUUAGUGAAAUUUUAUAGCUCUUUUCUUUAUCUAGACAAAAAUCCACAAUGUGUAUUUUCGUUCUUUUUACUGUGUCUUUUCUUUUCCGAGGACUUGGAAUGGAUCAAACAGUUGACAGUAUUACAUUCUUUAUUGCCUGCACUUGACCAAGUCUAAAGCACUCACCGGUAGAUGCAAGCAGAAAUGAGCAAAACGAAAAAUACAAUGAAGCAUGCAAAAUUUUACAAGUUCAGCUGUGCUCAGACAGGGUUUCAUGGACCCCACCCCACACAGGGCAAAUCUUGUAUAUUCUUAGUCUUUCAUUUUCUAAUUUCUUGAAAUUGAAAAAAAAAAGUUGUUCGUACUCCUUUUGAACCAAACUGUUGGUUGUAAAACACGUCUCGAUUAUUUUUACUCUACAAUUUGAAAAAGAAGUUGUAUACAUAGUAUACAUUUUGUUAUUUCAUGAAAGCAAUUUUACUUUUCUUGUCCUUCUCAAGGUCAAAACGCUUACUUCCUUUAGCCUGUAUUAAAAAAAAUAUGACGACGAAAAGUGUUGGGAGAGGAGAACACAAGCGAGUGUUAAAUACAAAGGAUGCCAUUAAAGAAUGCAAGCUGCAAACUUUCCCACUCAGACAAUCACGCAGUGUGGGGAGUGUUGUAGUUACAGGCAUAGGUUACUCCUCUUUUCUACCUGUCUUUUCUCUAUUUACGCAGAUCAUAUUUCCUCAGUCUGUUCUUUUUUGAAGUGUAGUGUUAUGUUGUACACUCAUUUUGGGAUGAUCGCAAAUCUCCUUUUGUCGAAAGUACAAAUAUCCUUUUUUUGUUUGUUUUUGUUUCUGUCGAAGGAGAACUGGGAGAAUAAUGUUAAGAUUGUCUUCUUGUUUUGUUUUCUUCAUAAGAAGUAAACUUCUUGAGUUUAUGGUUUUUAUUUUCUUUAACUGAAUUAGCUGCAUUAGCUGAAAUUUCAGUAGGAUGGAUGUCUGCAUAUUACGAAAUCCCAUUUGUAAAACACAAAAUACCACAAACAAAUGUAAUGACAAUUGCAAAGGAGUUAUUCUAGAAUUUGUAUGAUUUGACAUGGACCUCUGAGGAAUGACUUCAAAUUUGGAGGCAAAAACAUACAAAUACUUUCUUUGUCAAGGUUUUAUUUUUUAUUUUUAUUUGGGAAAAUGGAUCCAGACCUUUUGCACAUCCUUGAUAUUUAACUGUCAAAAAAUACAGAAAAUGGAGAUUGAAAAAAAAGCUGUUUGAUUACUGCCGGUUGAUUAACAAAAAUUUAUGCAUUGACUGAAAAAAUAAGCUAAUUUUGGAGGAAAUAACUUUGUAAUAUUUAUCUCUUGCAAGCUAUGUUUAAUAAAGGAUGGAACAGUUUA